AUGCAUUUUCGACUACUCUCUCUAAUUCUACUCUUUCAAAUACUACCACGAGCAUAUUGCGAUGAUUUUCGGAAUUGCUUUAAAAGAAUAUCUCGAAGGUCUAUCGGAAACUACGCACCAAUUGCUGAGUAUCGCAAUACUCCUUUGACAAUGUGUACACAACACUGCGUUAUGGCUGCUGGAAACGGACGAGAUGGUGGUUCAAUCUGCAAGUCAUUUACAUAUGAGUCCAGCAAAAAGUUGUGCAAGCUUUUUGAUCACGACGGUCAUAAGGUGCCUGCUGUGAUCCAUCCCGUUAUCGGAAUUGAUAUAUUUUAUCGAACUUCUGAUCAAGGCAAUUGUGCAGGUCCAAUUUCUGGCCAAAAAGUGAAUCUCAAUUUUGCUCAAUUAAAUUCACACAAAGAUUUGCACAAAAAAGAAAUUGAAAAGAAAGAUAUCACAAAUCCAAAAGAUGAUCAAUUCAUGGAAAAAGCUAGAGCUUUGUCUUCCCCAAUUGUGAAAAUGGAUAAUCUUGAUACAAUCCUUCGAUCCAAACUUCGAGGAGAUGAUGUUCUGGUUCCAAUGUCGCAGCCCAACGAGAAACAGGAACAAAUCGAAACAAGUAAGGCACUAGUCUUGAAUCAUCCUCCUUUGCAAUGCGAUACGUCGAGAGGUUUUUACGUAGUUAUCGGAAAUGAAAUUGUCCUUCCGAUUAGUGGAGGUGCUGUCAAAGUUUAUAACAAUGUCGAACAAGGAGAUUGUGCAAAAUACUGCAGCGAUAAUAAGGGACCUGAUGAAGAGACAAUAAUAUGCCGCUCAUUAAAUUAUUUCCCUUAUGAUCAAAAGUGCGAGCUAUACGGUAUUCUCGCUGAACCUCAUGGAACUGGAAAGCUAAUGGAGAAUGAAAAAGUCAUAUAUGCUGAAAAAUUCUGCCUUCCUGAAAGUCCCUAUGUUUGCCAAGAAGACGAAAUCUUUAUUUUGCACGCAGCAAAGACUAUCAAGAAACGAAAGUUGUCAACAAAAUCGGCAAAGUCGAUUACGGAUUGUUUACGUAGAUGUUUAAGCCACGAUCAGUGCAGAAGCUCUGUUUUCCACAGUAAUGAAAUGCAGUGCGAUCUAUAUGAUGUUGAUGGAACUGAUGUGAACUACAUUAGGGAUUCCGGAGAAGAUUCAGUUAUAAUUGAGAAUAGUUGUAGAAGAGAAGGAGUGACUCCGCAGCGUAGAAUUACGUCGAGUAGCGACAACGAAAAUGAAGACUCAAGUGAAGGUUGGUCUGGAUGCGACUAUAAAGUCGAUGGUAGACAAGUCAAAGUACGUACCAACGAUUCUGGUGAACUGGAAACCAAAGAAUGCUGA